GCCAUCGAGUGUUGGUGUUUGUUGAUCGUCGUGAGGUUUGCUGCGCGUCUGUGCUGCUUCAGGUCCCUCUCUCUUUCUGCUCGGUUUCAUCGCGUUUCCUUUGUUUGUGAUAUCGUAGUAGUUGCAUUAAAAUAAUAAAAGGACGAAUAAGCAACAUUAAAUUCGGGAGCGUUAAAAAGUUUAGUCAGCAACGGUGUGCAACAAGAUAUCGAGGGUUGCCAAGAGUCCGAGGGCAGGAAAACGUUCGAGAUAUACAUAUAUAUAUAUUGAAUAUACACAUACAGCUCUUCAUUUUGUGAGAGAACGCUUUUUGCUCGUGUAGCGUGUGCGUUGCUGUCGCGAGCUCGCCAGUGACAGUGAGAGCGAGAAAGACGGAAAUUCCGACUGUAUCGCAAGAAGAAAGACAGAAGUCACAAGCGCGAGAGUGAAAGAGAGAGAAAGAGGGAAGGGAAAAAAGGUCGGGAACGCAGAGAGACCCGUUGUGUCGUGAGGUGAUCGUGUGAAUAGGCGUCGAAUCCUGUGUUUUCCCAUACCUCGGUCCGUUAUUUUUGUUUAAUUAUUUUCCAACCACGCACACGAAGUUUCGGUGAGAAAAACAGCGAAUACGCGAUAUUGCGUUCGGUCAAAUCAAGAAAACCAAAAUAAAAGUUCGUAAUAGUCAAAUUUUCGCUUCUGCGACGAAUCAAUUAUCCUUAUUCUUGAUCGAGUAUUUUUGUGAGCGUUUUCUGUGAGCGUUUUUGUUCGGAUAUUCGUGAGUGUAACAUUUGAGCGUUUCGAGACUAAACCAUGGCACAACCAACGAGCAGCGCUCUGAGGGCACUCGCCCUCGAAUACAAGAGCCUACAGGAAGAACCCGUCGAAGGCUUUCGCGUUAAACUCGUCAACGAGGACAACAUGUUCGAGUGGGAAGUCGCGAUCUUUGGGCCUCCCGAUACUCUUUAUCAGGGAGGAUAUUUCAAGGCACACAUGAAGUUUCCACCGGAUUAUCCGUACAGUCCACCGAGCAUCCGCUUUAUGACAAAAGUCUGGCACCCGAACGUGUACGAGAACGGCGAUUUGUGCAUUUCCAUUCUUCAUCCGCCAGUAGAUGAUCCGCAGAGCGGUGAGCUCCCUUGCGAGAGGUGGAAUCCAACACAGAAUGUCAGGACGAUCCUCCUGUCAGUAAUAUCGCUACUGAACGAGCCCAACACAUUCAGCCCGGCUAACGUCGAUGCCUCGGUGAUGUACCGACGUUGGCGCGAUUCCAAGGGCCGAGACAAAGAGUAUGAAAAUAUAAUCAGAAAGCAAGCACAAGCCGCUAAGAAAGAAGCUGAAAAGGAAGGAAUCGUGGUGCCGAUAACCCUGGAGGAUUAUUGCAUAAAAACUCGAGCGAGGCCAGCGGAGCAGCAGCUCGACAUGACCGAUUUUUACGACGACGAGUACGAGCUGGACGACGACGAGGACGAACAAUUGAGCGCGAGUGAUUACGAGGACGGGGAUGACAGUGGAAAUGGCGAAUCGUGAUCCCUCACUUGAGGAUUAAUCAACGAGAACUAAAUGAUAAACGCCAUUAUCCAGUUCUGUAUAGAUUCAUAAAUUAACGAGCUUCUUAACCGGCCGCUCUCCUCUCUCUCUCUCUCUCUUUCUCGGUCUUUCGAUCAUCCAUUUUCCUUUUGAUAAUGUUUAUUUAUGACUCGGUUUUUUUAUCGUCGUGCGUACCGAGUCGUCGAUAUUGGUGCCGGAAAUCCGUGAACGAACGAAGUCAGUAGCUCCCGUGAUUUGCAAUCUCUGAUGUAGCUAAAUGAAUAUAUAUAUUUGCGUACACGCGUACAUUUUGCAUUGAGAAUUUGCACUCGUUCGAUAACGGUCAGACAUGAUUUCAGAAUUAGAGAAUUAUCACAUCAAUUUACAAUCCUUUGGGUACUAACGACGAAAAUCGAAACGAAUAGACGAAAAAAAAAAAAACAAGAAUUUAAAAAGGAAAUAUCGGUGCGGUUCGGUUGUAUUUAUCGUUUUUUUAAUUAUCGGAAUACUGAAAAAAAUCAAUCGGAAACGGAAAAUCGUGACUCCCGUUGCUAUUCACCGUUCGCGUAUCCAAUUUUUUUCAUGGCGCAUAGAUCUUCAUUUCGAUUUACAACGAGCGACAGUCGCGAUGGGAAUUAUUGUUUGUUUCUUUUUCGCUCAGGCUAACACGAUCGAUACAUCGGUUGCCUUUCGCUUCUUCCUCCUCUCUCCCACUUCUCUUUGUCUCUACUUUUCUAUUUUCCUGAUAGAAAUAAUCGUGAAUCUUGCAUCGAAAAAUAAGUGAUUUGCCUCAUUAAUGUGGUUAUAUUACUCCUUUCAUUUUUCUUUCGGCAUAUUUUUUUUCUCCAUCUUCAAUAAUAAUCUAAGUAGACGGGUUGACGUAUUAUUCGUAUUUUAUCGCAAGAAUUUAAGUUUCGCAACGGAUUACAUUCGACUGAAACUCGUUGGAAUGUCCAGUUUAGAAGCUCCUUAAAUUUGAAACAACGCACUGAUGCGAAUAUUUAAAAUAAAUAUAUAAAUAUAUAUAUAUAUAUACAUAUAUAUAUAGAUAAAAAACAAAACAAAAGAAUACAAACAAACAAAACAAAUCAUAAAUUUAUUCGAUAGAAGCACACGUGCUUUGUUUCGUCGUAACUGAAAGAAAAAAAAAUACGAAUAAGUUUUUAUCGACAGUCCGGUUAACUGUCCCGUUUUCCAGGUCGUCUCUGAAGAAAGAAUAAAUAAACGAGGCAAAUAAUAAACAGCUUUCUUCUCCCCAUAUUUUUCAAAAUUAAAGAUCAUACAGACACCGGCACGUUUACACGAAUUAAACGCGUCUCAAAUUACAUGGAUCUCCGUCAUCUAGUUGAAUUUUAUUAUACGCGAUUAUGAUGCACCAAGUCGCUCUGUAAUAAAUUGACGAGAAUAACGAAUAAGCCGAAAAAGAAAUGAAGAAAUUUGAAUACUUGCCGUUUGGUAAACUUAUGGCGUAUUGAGAAUUAAAAACAAAAGUUAAUGAA